AUGUCGGAGUCGGCAGAUUUUGAAUUGCAACGAUGUUGAGGAGAUUACUGACGCCAACAUCCUCUCGCCGUAUUCUCUCUUCCACGAUUCCUUUCUUCUCUAAACCCUCUCUUUCACCGUUCUCUUCACUGUCCACUUCGCCGGAUCCACCUUGCUCGGAGAGUAGCACCGUUGAACAUGUCCAAGAGGCCGCCGGAACAACCAUCUCCGUCGACCGUUCUGCUCUCUUCACUCCCCUCGAACACUCUCCUGAACCCACACCGGACUCUGAGCUCGUCAAGCACCUCAAGAGCGUCAUCAAGUUUCGAGGUGGGCCAAUCUCAGUGGCGGAGUACAUGGAGGAGGUCUUAACUAAUCCUAAAUCAGGAUAUUACAUGAACCGUGAUGUGUUUGGAACUCAAGGUGACUUCAUCACUUCUCCUGAAGUAAGCCAGAUGUUCGGCGAGAUGAUUGGUGUUUGGACUGUGUGUCUUUGGGAGCAAAUGGGAAGGCCGGAGAAAGUUAAUCUCAUUGAGCUAGGUCCAGGUCGUGGAACACUCAUGGUUGAUCUCCUUCGUGGUACAUCAAAGUUUAGAAAUUUCACGGAUUCGUUGCAUAUACACUUGGUGGAAUGCAGUCCUGCGUUGCAGAAGCUUCAGCGUCAGAACUUGAAAUGCACUGAUGAAAGUAGUUCAGAGAAGAAAGCUAUAAGUUCACUAGCUGGGACACCUGUGCAUUGGCAUGCUACUCUUGAAGAGGUGCCUUCAGGAGUACCAACAAUAAUCAUAGCUCAUGAGUUUUAUGAUGCUCUUCCAGUUCAUCAGUUUCAGAAAUCUCCUCGUGGCUGGUGUGAGAAAAUGGUUGAUGUAGGGGAAGAUUCAGAGUUCCGCUUUGUUCUAUCCCCACAGCCUACACCAGCAUCCUUAUAUCUCAUGAAACGUUGCACAUGGGCUACACCUGAGGAAAGAGAGAAGCUUGAGCAUAUCGAGAUCAGCCCCAAGUGUAUGGAUUUGACACAAGAAAUGGCCAAGAGAAUAGGCUCAGAUGGAGGUGGAGCACUUAUAAUCGAUUACGGGAGGGAUGAACUCAUUUCAGACAGUCUUCAGGCUAUUAGGAAACACAAGUUCGUCAACAUACUGGAUGAUCCAGGGUCUGCAGAUCUAAGUGCUUAUGUAGAUUUUCCUUCAAUAAAACACUCUGCUGAGGAAGCUUCAGAAAAUGUGUUGGUUCAUGGACCUAUGACUCAGUCUCAGUUCUUGGGGUCGCUUGGGAUAAACUUCAGAGUUGAUGCGUUGCUACAGAACUGUGAUGAUGAGCAGGCUGAGUCGUUGAGGUCUGGAUACUGGAGGCUUGUUGGAGAUGGUGAAGCACCCUUUUGGGAAGGAGAUGAUGAAGAGACACCAAUUGGGAUGGGCACAAGGUAUCUUGCAAUGGCUAUUGUUAACCGGAGCCAAGGCACUCCAGCUCCAUUCCAGUAA